GACAUACAUUAAACUGUCAUAGUCGAUAAGACCAAACUCGGCCUAUUCAUCCCAGUCACAGCAUAAACAUGUUUGGUGGAAAUAAAAAAUUAAAUUUAGAAAUACAACACGAAAAUAGCAAAAAUAAUGCUAACGUUGAUAAUUGGGGUCAAAAGAAAUUUGAUCCGGUUCGCCAAACACAGGCGGUAAAGGAGUCAUUUAAUCGCUUCAAGGCGCAUUUAGGUAGAAGAGAUAAUCAUCAAGGGAACAACAAGCAAGGCAUGGGUCCUAAUCGUCGCGAUGGACAUAACAACAACAAGUUCAAUCAAGGUGGACAGCGGCAUAAGGAAGGAAAUAACAAAUUCAAUAAUGGUGGACAGCGGCAUAAGAAAGGGAAUAACAAAUUCAAUAAUGGUGGACAUCGGGAUAAGGUACAGAACAACACAUUCAAGCCAAAUCCCUUUCGUAGUAAUACUCCACAAGAUAUAAGAACCGAAGCAGCAACACCAUGGGUUAAAUUUAAAGAUGACUUAAAUAAUCUACGACGUGAGGAGGAGCAUGCUUCCAGGCAGUCAAACUUCGAUACAGAAGAAGGUAAAAAAUUCCUCAAAGAACGUGAGAAAAAUUAUAGAAAAAUGUUAAUGGAAGAAAAGAAAAAAGAACCCACCCAAUGGGAAGAUUUCGACGAAGAAAAGACACAUGGUUCGGAAGUUGGAAAAGUUGCACAAUUAAAGAAUAAGAACAAGAAAGCCAAAAACAAGGUUACUGAUCAACAGCCAGUUUGUCCACCUCAAAAGGACAAUCAACAGAUUGAAGAUGGAAAUGUCAAACAAAAAAAGAAUAAGAAAAAUAAAAACAAGGGAAAAGACGGCCAGACAAUGUGUCCGACAGAGAAAAUGACGGACUCUUCUCAGGAUUUGGGACUAAAUGUGGAAAAUAAAGAUGUAGCGGCGACAAAAAUCGUUGAAAAUGUUCCUCAAAAAGGGAAAAGGAAGAGGAAAAACAAUGAAACUGCGUUAGAGUGCCCGCCCGAAAAAGAGAUAAAAGUAAUGAACGCCCAGGAUAUGACCUUUGAGGAAAAAGAUAGAAUUCGAAGAUUGUUGACAAAGGCCAAUAUGGCUCGUAAAGGCAAUGUAAUUGAUACAAUUUUGCAUUAUAAAUGGAUAAAGAGGAAUAUGACAAAAAGCUCAAAAUAAUUUUAGGGUUAACAAUUUCUUGUGUUCGCUUUUAAAUAGUGUAUGUUGUCUUUAUUUAAGAAAUUCAUUUUAAUAAAAUGUUUUUAUACAUGAAAAA